AUGACGAAGACUUUGGUCACAAUCGCGAGCGUCGGCAGCGGAGUCGCCGUUCUCGCCUGCCUCUUCACCGUCGGCUACAUCUUCAACGACAUCAACUCGUUCUACGAUGACGUCAUCGACACUAUGACCGAGUUCAAGGUAACCAUAUUCGAGAAUCAUCGAAAAACCGUACCUUUUUGCAGUUCAACGAGCAACAGGCGUGGAACUCGAUGAUGAAGCCGUCGGAUGUGUUCGGAAGAGCCAAGAGAGCGGUCAAUAAGCGACAGGCGCAGUGCAACUGCGGAGCCCAGUCCCAAGGAUGCCCGGCCGGACCACCAGGACCACCAGGACAGCCAGGAGCCCAGGGAGAGGCUGGACACCCGGGAGACGCCGGAAAGCCAGGAGCCAACGGAGUCACGAUCGGACUUACCGGAGGAUCUGGACCAUGCAUCACCUGCCCAGCCGGAGCGCCAGGACCAGCCGGAGCUCCAGGAGCCCCAGGACAAGCCGGACCAGCAGGAGCGCCAGGACAGAACGCCGUCGGAGGAGGACCAGGACCAGCUGGACCACCAGGACCAGCCGGAGACGCCGGAGCGCCAGGACAGCCAGGAGCGCCAGGACAGCCAGGAAACGCCGGACGCGGAGGACAACGCAGCCGCGGAACGCCAGGAGCCGCCGGAGCCCCAGGACCACAGGGACCAGCCGGAGCGCCAGGACAACCAGGACAGUCCGGAGGAGCCGGAGCGCCAGGACAAGCCGGACCAGCCGGAGCCCCAGGACAGCCGGGAAGCGCCGGACAGCCAGGAGCCGCAGGAGCGCCAGGAAACGCCGGAGCUCCGGGAGGCGACGCCGCCUACUGCCCAUGCCCGGCCCGCGCCUCCGCCGUCGUCCGCAAGCACCGCAAGGUCUUCCGCAGACGCCACGCCAAGGUCUCCGCUUAA